AUUAUUAUUCUCAAAACUCAAAACUUUCUUCUGCAACUUUCUCUUUGUCUCUCUCACUUUGCUAGAAAGAUAUGUGAUUCGCAUGAGCCCUAAGCAUCUACUUUUAUAGGCUGAAAUAACUUGAAUCUCAAGUUUGGAUUGCAAUUUCGAAACUGGUUAGGAUAUGGAAACUGUAUUCUCGAACGGUUUUGCCUGCUUUCUAAAAUUUGUACUGCACAUUCCCAGCUAUUUUUAGACAAUAAAUCAUUCGAGUCAAGUGACUUGACCAACGUGAUGGCAGCAAAUUCUCCGUAAUGGACAGCUGGUAGUGCCGCCCAAGCCAAACUCGCUCUCUAAAAUACCCUUCACUCGAUCUUUGAAAGGGGAAGAAGAACUCUAAAGGUAAAGCAAACCAGAGAAAAAAUGUCGUCUCGACCGAGUAGAGGGGGAUUCAACAAUAAAUCUCAACAAAAAUAUGCACCCAAAAUUCAGAAUUCAAAUUCGGGUUCAUCUUCUUCCAAUCCACCUCCACUCACAACUUCUCUAAGACAAAUUCAUACCUCAACUUCUUCUUCUUCCUCUUCUGCUUCGACUUCAAAUUCUAGGGUUAAAAUUGGGGAUAAUGGAAAGGAUUGGGUUGCUAAACAAAGUGCUACUGCUACUGGUGGUAAUUAUGUACUUUACUUGCCACAAGAUGAAGCUGUUGCUUCUGGAUUAGGUGCUGAACAUGGAGCUUCGGAUCCUGUUGAGUCUCAAAGAGCUGUGGACCUUCUUAAUAGAGAGUUGUCUAGGUUGCUCAAGUCGAACCCUAGAGAUUUCUGGAAAGAAGUUGCCAGCGAUACUUCGUUGCAUGAAUUUCUGGACAGCUUUUUAAAGUUUAGGAAUAGAUGGUAUGACUUUCAGCAUCAUGGAGCCAAGGGAAUAGUGGCUGGAGUCAUUGUUGGGGAGUUUGAGUUAAGCCGUCGUGUUUUCAUGGUUUUGUACCGCAUAUCUUCCAACAAGGACCCUGGAGCAGUUUCCUCUAAUAGCCUGAGCCCGAAAGAGCAUGGAGCCCUUCUGCAGGAAAAAAAACUGCUUGAAGUGCCAAAGUUAAUAGAUAUCUGUGCCAUAUAUGGACAUGAAAAUGAGGAGCUGACCAAUUUAUUGGUUAUGAAUGCUAUGAAAGCUCAGCCAAGUCUUCAUGAAAAUCUAACAUCAGUUGUCUCUCGCUUCCUACACAUUACAUACACUACGCAUCAGCGCUGCAACUCAUCACUAGAGGCUCGAUUGUCCUGUGGACAGUCUGGAGGUGCUGAAGAUAUCGACUGUCGUCUCAUUUCAGAUUUAUCAGAGGUAAUGGACCUCCUAAAUGAUGCAGUCGUAUCACUUGAUGCUUUUGUUAACGCAUACAAACCUGCAGCGUUGUACUUCUCUUGUCUCGCUGAAGCGAGUGAUGGAAAUGGGGAACUGCUCAGUACCCUGGCAAGAUUGCAUGAUUCGUUGUUACCAUCUUUACAAAAAGGCCUUAGACAUAUUUUUUCAUCUGGAACGAAGGAGACUCAAGACUCAAUCAGUGACAAACUUCCAAAUCUUGCCAUUGGUUUGAAGAUGCUGUCGGUCAGACUCAUUAGUUUGGGUUGGAAACUACUGGAGUCCUGUUACUUGAGUGAUGAAUUGUUUGAAGGGAGCCUUCCUCUUCCGCAUCUCACAAAGAUGUUUCCUGCUAAAGUUGAUGAUCCUGGAAUCAGAGGGGACAUAUUGGUUCAAACAUUCAAAGAACUUAAUGAAGAAGUUUCGCACCAUUUCUGGGAGAACAAGAACAGUGGGACAUUUCUUCAGAAUGUUGAGAAGUAUUACAAGAUACUAAGCAGACUCAACGAUCUCCGAUCUCUAGGAUGGAUUUUCAUUGAUGAAGAACAGUUUCAGUAUAUAUCUCUUAUCGCGGCGCCUAAUUUUCCACCCCAGACUAUGAAUAAUAGGGAGUCUGUGCCAAUUACUACGGGUAAAAGCAUGCAGAUGGAUGACGAUGCUGCAGUUACAGAGUCCAAGAUCAGUCAAGUAAAAGACCUUUUCCCUGAUUAUGGCAAAGGCUUUCUUGCUGCCUGUCUUGAAGUCUAUAACCAUGAUCCAGAAGAGGUGAUUCAGAGAAUAUUAGAAGGAACUCUUCAUGAAGAUCUACAAUCCCUGGAUAUUUCAUUGGAGACAAUGCCAACCCCCAAGUCUUCUCUAUCUAAGAGCAGGAAUGACAAAGGGAAAGGAAUUCUUAUAGAACAUACUAGCAAAACCUCUACAAAUGUUGUCAGUCAAGUGCAGGAACAGCGCCCUGAAGUAUCUUUAUCUUCAUUUGGGCGAUUCACCAGAAAGUCCAGGGUUGAUUCCAUAAACUCCAAACCCCUGGAUUUGAGAGUUGACGAAGACACUGCUAAGGCUGCAAUUCUUGCUUCACAAUACGAAUAUGAAGAUGAGUACGAUGACUCUUUUGAUGAUUUGGGUUUGAGUUUUGUGGAACCUGGAUUUGAAGAGGCGGAGACUUUGAGAGAUAGAAUUAGCUCAUCCAUCCCAGAAAAAUCUUUGGGAGGAGACGUCGAAAGACCUGGCCAAAGUAAGUCCGGUGGUGGUGCAAAAUGGAAUACCAAGAAGACCCCACAAUUCUAUGUUAAAGAUGGGAAGAACUACAGCUACAAAGUUUCAGGUUCAGUUGCAGUGGCAAAUUCUCAGGAAGCUGCAUUACUAAAUCAAACCCAGAAAGAAACGAUUUAUGGGCUCGGACGUGGUGGCAACCUUCCAGUUGGGGCAGUAAAAGUGAUGAACGAGUUAAAUUACCACCAGCAGAAACAGUCGGACGAAGGUAGAAAUCCACCAAAUACGUGGGGCAGGGGAAAAAGAGGAGGUGGUGCUAAUCCCCAUCAACAAGACUCUAGAGGUGGGGAUACAAGAGAAAGUGGAAAUCCAGAAAACAUCAGUAGGGGGAGGGGCGGAAGAGGAGGUGGUGCUAAUCACUAUCAACAUCAACAGGGUUCUAGAGUAAAUAAUUCCGAAGCAAGAGGAAGAGGUGGUGGUGGUAGUCACUAUCAGCAUCAACAGGAUUCUAGAGUAAGCGGUCCAGAAGAAAGUGGAAAUUCAGAAAAUUCCGGUAAGGGGAGAGGAGGAGGUGCUAAUCACAAUCAGCACCAACAGGGUUCUAGAGCAAGCGGUCCCGAAGGAAGUGGAAAUUCAGAAAACUCAAGUGGGAGUAGGGGAGGGGGAAGAGGAAGAGGAGGCGGUUCCAAUCACAAUCAACAACAGCAGGACUCCGAAUUUGAGGAUUCAGGGGAAAAUGGAAAUGCAGAAACCCCCAACAGUGGUAGAGGUAGAGGAGGAAGAAGAGGAGGGGGCAGGCACAAUCAUCACAGGAAGGAUCAGGCAAUGAAGAAGCACUUUGCAGGAUUAGGUCUUUGACUUUUAACUAUGGAGUUUUGAAUAUUCACUUCCACUUCUGAAAUUUUGUUAGGCUACGAGUUUUUUUUUUCUUUUUUGAAAGUUCAACUUCUUACAAACCAAAAAGAUUACAGGAGGUUUUCAGUUCUGUUGGUUGCCCUUAUUUCAGUUGAAAGACUUGAAAUAUGGGAAUCCCUCACAGAUUCUGUUCCUCAGUUAUUGUAACAUAACUGACAUUGGAGAGAAAAUCUAAAUCAAGUGCAGAAAAAAUAGGUAUUUUGGCAUGGCAA